AGAAGAAGAAAUAAAAAUUCUCAUUUGGGGUCUGAACGUCGUGAACCAAAAAAGAAAAAAGAAAAGAAAGAAUAAUGAGUAGGAUGUGCCGUAAAUGGAGAUCUGAACCAUCACGUCCUUUACACCAACACAAAAGCAUGGGAUCGUCAACCUUUGGGAAGGUAUGCUCUCUAAUAUCCUUCUUGUUGUUUGUUUCACCGAAUGUUGUUUCUAUUGAAGAAGCUGAUGCUCUCCUCACAUGGAAAGCAAGCCUCCAAAAAGAAGCCCAGUCUCAGCUAUCUAGCCUAUCUUCUUGGACUUUGCUUCCCAAUAAUGCGACCAAUUCUUCUACCAAUCUCAAUUCAAGCACAAGCCCAUGUUCUUGGUUUGGUGUUUAUUGCAACCAUGCUCAAAGUGUCAUCGGUAUAAAUCUUACAUGUUUAGGCCUCAAAGGUUCACUCCAUGAAUUUUCAUUCUCGUCUUUCCCGAAUCUUGAAUUUGUUGAUCUCAGUAUAAACUCGCUCUUUGGAACCAUCUCACCUCAGAUCAGUUACCUCUCCAAACUCAUCUAUCUUGAUCUCUCCAUCAAUCAGUUCUCUGGGAAAAUCCCACCAGAAAUAGGCCUAUUGACAAACCUUGAGUUUUUGCGCUUGUCUAAAAAUCAGUUGAACGCCACAAUUCCUCCAGAAAUAGGUCAGUUGAGGUCUCUUGUUGAGCUUGCUUUAUACAGCAACUCCUUAAACGGUCCCAUUCCUUCUUCUUUGGGCAAUCUAAGCAAAUUGGCUUACUUGUACCUCUAUGACAAUCCACUAUCUUGUUCCAUUCCUUUAGAAAUUGGAAAUCUUUCUAGCUUAACGGUGUUGGAUUUGUCUCAGAACAAUCUUUCUGGUCCCAUCCCCACAGAAAUAGGGCACAUCCAAUCUUUGAAGAAUCUAAGCCUUGCAACCAACCAUCUUGUUGGUUCUAUCCCAACGUCAUUUUGUAACCUCGGAAACCUUACACUUCUCUAUCUCUUCCAGAAUAACCUCUCUGGUCCCAUUCCAGAAGAGAUAGGAAACUUGAAGUCUCUUGUAACUCUCGACUUGAGAGAAAAUAAACUCACUGGUCCUCUUCCGGCUUCAAUUGGCAACUUGAGCAAAUUAGAGGUUCUGUACAUUCGCGACAACCAACUCUCUGGUUCUAUUCCUCGGGACGUAGAAAAUCUCUUGAAAUUGACUGUAUUUCGAGUGGCCAGAAACCAAUUCACUGGUUAUUUGCCACAAAAUAUUUGCCAAGGUGGAUUGCUUCAAAACUUCACCGCAAAUGGUAAUAAUCUCACAGGUCCGAUUCCUAAAAGCGUGAGAAACUGCACAACUUUAUAUAGAAUUCGUCUAGACGGGAACCAACUUACUGGAAAUAUAUCAGAAGUUUUUGGGGUUUAUCCGGACCUGGAUUACAUAAACCUCAGCGACAACAACUUUUACGGUGAACUUUCACCUAACUGGGGAAGGAGCUCACGACUAACAGAUCUAGAAAUCGCUGGGAAUAAUAUCACUGGUAACAUACCACCUGAGAUUGCAAAUGCAACUCGACUACAAAUUCUUAAUCUUUCUUCAAAUAACUUAGUUGGGGAGAUCCCUAAGGAAUUCGGGAGGUUAACUUCUUUGGUCAAACUUAUAUUGACGAACAAUCAACUUUCAGGUGGUAUACCUUCAGAGCUCGGGUCCCUGACAAAACUUGAGUAUCUUGAUCUGUCCAUAAAUAAAUUGAGCAACUCAGUUCCAGGAUGUAUAGGAAACUUCUCAAAUUUGUACCACAUGAAUUUGAGUCGCAACGAGUUUAGUCGUGGAAUUCCGACUCAGGUGGCCAAGUUAGUUCAGCUGUCCGAGCUUGAUCUGAGUCAUAACCAACUCACGGGAGAGAUACCAAUAGAGUUCGAGAAGUUGCAAAGCUUGGUGACAAUGGAUAUCUCCCACAACUACCUUUCUGGCAUCCUUCCGAGGGCUUUUGAGGACAUGCACGGCUUGUUGAAUGUCAACAUAGCAUUCAAUGACUUCUGGGGUCCAAUUCCCAACAACAAAGCAUUUCACGACGCUCCGAUAGAAGCAUUGGAGGGGAACAAAGGAUUGUGUGGCCAGGUGAAAGGGCUACAACCUUGUCAACCAUCCACUCCCGACAAACAUUUCCCGCAAAAAAGGAUCGUGUUCUUAAUCAUAUUCCCUAUUUUGGGAGUACUAGUACUUUUAUAUGCCCUGAUCGGAAUGUCAAUUUUUAUAAGAAAAAAGAGAAGCUCGCCGAAAAAACAAGACGAGAACUUGUAUCCGACAUUAACCUUGGAUGGGAAAAACUUGUACGAGGAAAUCAUAGCCGCCACCGGGGAUUUUGAUGCCACUUAUUGCAUUGGGAGUGGUGGAUAUGGAAGUGUCUACAAAGUACAGCUGCCAUCGGGUAAUAUCGUAGCUGCAAAGAAAAUCCACACAUUAUCCGAUGAUGAUUAUGUGACUGAGCGGAAAGAGUUUUUCAACGAGAUAAAGGCAUUAACACAAAUACGGCACCGAAACAUUGUGAAGCUACAUGGUUUUUGUUCAAAUGCACGAUGCCCGUUUUUGAUUUAUGAGUACCUUGAGAGGGGAAGCUUGGCCGCCAUCCUAAGUGAAGAAAAAGAAGCUACAGCAUUGAACUGGAGUAGAAGGGUGAAUAUUGUUAAAGAUGUGGCGCGUGCCUUGUCAUACAUGCAUCAUGAUUGCUCACCGCCCAUUAUUCACAGAGACAUAUCAAGCAAGAACAUUUUGUUGGAUUCUGAUUAUGUAGCGCAUGUUUCGGACUUUGGCACUGCUAAACUUCUGAAGCUAGACUCAUCCAAUUGUACUGGCUUUGCAGGCACAUUUGGAUAUGUAGCACCAGAGCUUGCUUACACAACGAAGGUGACCGAGAAAUGUGACGUGUAUAGCUUUGGAGUGUUAGCACUUGAAGUAAUCAAAGGAAAUCAUCUUGGUGAAUUCAUCUCUACUGCAUCGUCUCCCUAUGCUAACAUAGAGCUGAAGGACAUAUUGGACCAACGCCUUUCACCUCCCACAAUUGAAGUUGAGGACGAACUCAUAAAGGUUGUGACUUGCGCAACUGCUUGCUUACGUGCAAAUCCACGGUCUAGGCCAACCAUGCACGUGAUUUUUAAGAUGUUAUUAGCCUCAACAACAGUACGUACUGUUAAACCUGGAGAACUUGAUGAAAUUGUCUAAGUCAUAAGGCUAGCUACCGUGUCCACCUUGAAUAUAUGUACGUACUUGCUGAAAUCAUCCAAUUUUUUAAGUUAUUGUCCUCCCAAAGGAAGUUUUUACGGUUCAAAUAUCCUAGAGAAUCACUGCCAGCUCAAAGGAGAAGAAGGAUGAGUGUAGGAUGAUACACACCUAGCUAGUACCACUUGUGGGGGUCAACUUAAUUUGUAGGUUAAGAUAUGUAAUUAUUUUUGUAAACUUUAGAUGUACUUAGCUCAUGUAAAUUCAUAAUAAAUAUGACUC